UGCGAGAUGUAUUUAUACCAUCUGUGCUUCGAAGUCUUCUUGCCCGUCCUUCACACGCCGUCUACUCCCAAGUUUGCCUUCCCACACUCUCAAGAGCCGUACGCAGCAGGGUCCUUACCGCCCGCCUUUCCUACGGAUAUCUUCGAUCGAUUAUUGCCCAGUUAUCGGAUAGGAACUGUCAAUAAAUUCAAUAAAUCGAGUAAGAUAAAAUUAAAAAAGGAGAGUCAGCUUCCUAAAGGUGGUGGAAAGGCGUUUUGCGAAAAUCAUUCUGAACUAGGGCCGGACGCAUCCUCCGGGAGUGGUGCAAAAAGCCCAAGCGAAGGACCUUGCCACCGUCGUCGGACACGACAGUUCCCAUCUGCUGGGCAUAGUGUCGCAGAUUGGAGAAUUGGAACUUUGACCAUUGAGUGGUACGAUAUGUUUGAUGGCGCCACCAACAAAGGUGCAGGUGCCUCCGCAGGCGAACCUCGAACACCAAAAGCGUCGCAGCCAACGCGUGAGGGAGGGGGCAGCUCCACGUUGAUCACCGAGACAGCUGCGGUGACCAGAGCAGAUACGGAAAGUGCUGCUACCCGUAAUAAUGAGCUACCUGGAUGUUCUCGAACAGAAUUCCUGGAAGAGGACCAUGCGCUCCCAUCACGUCGGCAACGAACACGGUCCGCGAAAAAGAAACAAAAAGCUCACACGAUUCCGACAAGCGGUGCAUUCAUUCCCUUCCGUACGGGAACCACUGAACUCAACGCUGGAAUCUUGCAUCUUUACCGAGAACGCGCAGAUGUUGAGGAUAUUCUUCAUCAGUCUGCUAUCCCCCUGCAAAGUGACCCGUCGACUGAACGUCUAACACCAGAGGAAAUGUCUUCUGUCAAGGGAACUGGCACAAUAUUGUGUGUCUUGGCUGUACCGUCCUACAUGACCGCGCAAGAUUUUCUCAACUUUGUAGGGCCACUUCGUGAUGAGAUGAGCCAUCUGAGGAUCGUGAGAGACUCGCUACCUAACCGAUAUAUGGUGCUCAUCAAGUUUCGGGACGCACAAGGCGCUGAACGGUUUUACAAGGACUACAACGGCCGGGAAUUCAGUUCCCUCGAGCCUGAGAUGUGUCACGUUGUCUACAUCAAAUCGAUCGAAUUCAAAUCCCGGGCCAUUCCGCCCUACGCAUUCCCUCCGCUUCCAGAUGAUCCCAGUACAUUGUUUUUGCCGACUAAGGUGCCCCUUAGUCCGGCUAACGCAGAAGUCAGCGCCUCUCCAAAUUCCGGAUCUCCUUCAAGCACCUACAAUAUCCCAAGCGAUGUGGCAGAGGCAGGAGAGCCUAGAACAUCACCCUAUGCCACAAGUCCUGCCAAGUCCCCCACUCUGAUGACAACAAAUCAACUUCUGGAGCUUCCAACAUGUCCGGUCUGCUUGGAGCGGAUGGACGCAUCGGUGACCGGCCUGUUGACCAUUCUAUGUCAUCACACCUUUCACUGCCAUUGUUUGUCAAAAUGGGGGGAUUCCUCAUGCCCUGUUUGUCGAUAUUCUUCAAAAGUCUCAUCGUCGCUUGACUCUGACGACGACAUGCGAAACGAGUGCAUGGACUGUGGCUCCACGGAGAAUCUCUGGAUCUGUUUGAUAUGCGGAAACAUUGGAUGUGGGAGAUACCAGGAGGCGCACGCGCAGAAUCAUUUUGCGGAUACUCAGCAUACCUACUCAAUGGAGCUCGAGACACAACGAGUAUGGGAUUACGCCGGAGAUGGAUAUGUGCAUCGCUUGAUACAAAACCGUACGGAUGGUAAACUGGUAGAAUUGCCCGCUCCCAAUCGCACGCACUCGUCUGAAUUUGGCGAGAACUUGAACGGAAGCGGAGGUGGGCGGGCAGAAGUGGGUGGGAUGGUUACCACCGAAAAGAUGGAGUCCAUCGGGUUAGAGUAUACGUAUCUCUUGACGUCACAACUUGAGUCGCAGCGAUUAUGGUACGAGUCGCGCUUAACGCAGAUAGAGACCGCUCUGACGCAGCAAAGCUCUGAGCUGACGGGGGCAUUAAGUCAAAUGCAAGCUGAGCGAGAUAGUGCUGUAAAAUCACGUGAUGAUCUUCAGGCACAGCUUACGCGUGCAGAGAGAGACAACCGUGCCCUUCAUAGUCGGUUGACCAAGAUUCUGGACCGCGUUGUUAGCAGCGAAAAGGAUCUCAAAGAAGAGAGAGCCUUAACGAAAUCCCUGCUGGCAAAUCAAACGUUGUAUCAAACCAAGAUUGCAUCCGCGGAGCAGACUGUGCGUGAGAAGGACGCUGAUAUAGCAGAUUUGAAAGAGCAAGUCCGGGACUUAAUGGUCUUUUUGGACAUGAGAAAGCAGGUAGAGGAUUCCGGAGUUGGCGAGGUAAAAGGCGCUCAAGUGGUCGGUGUAGCUCCCGCCCCUCCCACCCCAGGACCAAAACGGAAGGGCAAGGGAAAGAAAUGACGAUGGAGAGUGGGGGUACGCCCCGAGAAUGGGCUUGCAUAAUUGUAGAUACUAAUUCAUACUUGUAUAAUACAACAUCGGCG